AUGGACGUGUCACGGCGACGACGCCCAGGGGGGGCGGUGGAGAAAACGACGCUAUGUCGAGAUGAUGAACCACGGCGCAUAUUUCUCGCCGCUAUCAAGUCACAAGAGACUCACGGCGCGAUUCUUCUGACUGGGGUUGAUGGGGCGGACCUCAUCAUCCACGUGAACCUGUCCCGGUUUGCUGAUCUGCUAAAGGUGAAAGAAGCGAUGGAGGCUUGCCCGUCAGUGAGGCCAAUGCUAUUGACACUCACGGAUCAACAUAAGAGGUUUGUCAAGGCCGGAGAGGUGAGCAAAGACUACCUCAAGUUUCUGUGGCUUCGAGACAUGGAAUUGGGCCAGGCAAGCCAAGAGGCACCACGUCUGGAGAUGAGCGAAGCAGACGUCGAGGUGAUGGUGGAUAGCUUUCUUGACCUUCGGCUCGUGUAUCGAGUACGUGAUGGUCAGCACGCCUUCGUGCCGGACCGCAACGUUGUCGCAAGCUGUCUCCCGAACAAAGCUGGUCCGGAGGUAGAUCCAGGGAAUAUUUUAGAACUGGAGACGGCAAGUGCGAUAUAUUUGCAGAAGCUGAAGCUUGUUGUGGCACAUGCUGUGCCCCCGGGGCUAGUCCCUCGGGAGCUGGCGUGGUGUGGGCGCGGGGAGGGGCGUAUCAACGCGUGCUGGAAGCGAGGCGUGUGUUUUGCGUUCAAGAACCACUUGAUGUUGCUGAACGAGGUUCGCGCAGGGGGAAAUGUGUUCGACGAGAGUCCGAGGACGGCUCUGCGACCAGUUGUCUCUUCGGAUGGUGACCACAAGGCUUUGGUGGAGCGUAUCGGACGUCCUGAGGGAUCAGGCGUUAAGUUCAUGACGGAUAGAAGCAUUAGGCAGGACGCGGCCUUCCUACAGUGGCCGAUCCCCCGCCUAUUGUGCUUGCUCCCCGCCCCCAAGAGCGGGGCGAAGCCCCUUGAGGAGAAAGAUGGGUCAUUCGAGGAGUGGUCGGCCACCCUGCGGAAGUGGUGCCUCGGCGGGAAGAGGAAGGGCAAGGGGGUUGCGACGCGAAAGCUGCGGCUGUUCUUUCUCCGUACGACAGGAGCCUCGCCGAGUGAGGGCCCACAGGGCAAGGCUUCGAGGGCAGAUGUCAGGUCUCAGGUAACGGAAUUGCUGAAAUGGGCGAAGAAAGCGAAGCCGUUCGCGAAGGUAGGUCUGGCCCUCGCCUCAAUCGCGCUCAGGGAGUGCACUGGCCUCGAAUAUCUGAGGCGGAGCUCGAGGCAACCCUUGGGACAGCAGCCGGCGGUGCCUUGUCCACGUUCGUCGAGGAUUCACUGAACUCGAGCGUCGAGUCUGUAGCGAGCAUCGCCGGGGAGAGACUGGACGGCGGUAGGGCGGAGGAGCUGCUCCAGGGUGCGGGAGCGCACAGAUAUAGGGCAGGUGAAGCAAAUGUAGGCACUGGCAGUGGAAAAGAGGGUUUCGUCCUCGACAGACGUUGGGGAGUUUCAACCUUUAUGAAGGUGGUCUCCACAUUACCCCCCCCUUUUUCGAGGCUUCUUCUUGUUUGCUAGGCAAGAGAAGACUUCUUGGGGUAACCGGAGCCCGACCGGCUGGCGGCGAGUAGAACCACCUUUUUUCCAGCAAUCUUCUGUGUGCGUGUGUGCGGGUGCGCCACUUCCGCCACGCAUUGCCAGAAGUUUCGAGUUCGAUAGACAGUGCAUCAUUGCUUGGCCCACCCUCCGUUUUUAUUUUUUCCGUACUCCGGAAGAAAAUUUGGUGAGCAGCGGGUUUUAAACCCAUCCGUGUCUUUUGCAACCAAAAGCAGACACGCUGACAUCUCUUCGUCGACGCCAUUGUGGAAAAGAGGGUUU